AACCAGUAAAUUUGACGCAUCUACGAAACUGAUUGACUCGAACCUGUCACUCAAUUGAUCAACAUGUCUCAACUGGAGCGGUCUCUGAAAGCGAGCAAUCUCUCAGAGACGCUUAGUACAUACGAUGAAUGGGCAACGACCUACAACCAAGACGUCGAAAAAGAAGAAUACGUCGCUCCCCAAAUCGCAUCUCAAGAUUUGAUCACCUACCUCGGCCCUCAAGUUUACGAAGCCAAGAUUCUCGACGCCGGCUGCGGAACAGGUCUCGUCGGUGAAGCCCUCACAAAACUGGGCGCUACAAACAUUCACGGUAUCGACUUAAGUCCCGGCAUGCUCGAAGUCGCUGAGCGAACAGGCGUGUAUACAUCACUCAACGUUGCUAAUCUCGCUGAACGGCUUGAUAUUCCUUCACUGAGCUAUGAUGCGGUUAUUUGUGUUGGGACUAUGACGGAGGGCCAUGUUGGGCCUGAGGCUUUUGAUGAGUUUGUUAGAGUUACCAAGGUUGGUGGGGUUAUUGUUUCGACUAUUCGAGAGUCGGUUUGGCAGGCGAAGGGUUAUGAGGAUAAGGUUAAUGGACUUGCUGAUGAGGGGAGGGUGAAGAUUGUAGGGAGGAAGAGGGAACAUCAGAGGAUUGCGGCUGGUGUUUAUGCGUAUUUUGUUGUUCUUCAGGUUCGGUAGGUGUCUGUUCCUUUUCGGGGUUGGCUUAAUAGAGAGGAACGACGUUGCAGGCUGACUGUGAUCCGGCUCACGUCAGAUCACGGUACCAUUGCAAUACGUUGAGUAGGCGACGGGAUGAUCAGCAAGCAGAUGGAUAAUAGCUAAGAUGAUACGAUAUAUGCGACCGUUUAUGAAGCCCGUUAAGUCUGUGAGAAUGCAUGUUUUACUCAGUUGUUAAGACAGGGCAUUUUGUAUGCAUAUGAUGACCAGAAGGAAGCCCAGCGUAUUCAGCCUCACAUGUAUUCACGUCUUGGCAAAAGGAGUUGUAUAACAAAC